CUCAGAAGCUGCUGCGCGGACCACCGCAGAAGAUGCUCCAGUCUUGGUGAGACCACCUCACGUCCAAGUGCAGCCGCGGGGAGAAAUAAAUAGCCCGGCUCACACUGUCGGGAGGCAAACGAAUGGAAAAGACUGGCGGGGGAUUUCCCCGGGCUGCCUUGGCGCCAAUGGAUACGCACAGAACUUUCAGCCCAAAUCAUUUGACGUCGCUUCAUUAACCAGAAGAGCGUUUGUAGGAGCUCCCGCUUUGGGCAGACUGUCAAAAGUGUCACUUUUUAGCCUGGCAACAAGGAAGGAAGGAUGUGCUCCUCCGUGGUGCUACUUCAUCACUGGACUCUGGCUGCGUUGCUGCUGUGUUCUCCGGUGACGCCGCACGGGAGGCCAGCGGACGCGCUGAGCGGCCGAACGCGGCGGUCGGUGAGCCACGCCCAGCUGAUGCACGACAAAGGCCGCAGCAUGCAGGAGCUCAAGCGUCGCCUGUGGCUGCAGGAGCUCCUGGAGGAGGUGCACACGGCCGACGAGCGGGCGCCGCCCGCUCACGGCGGAGCCUCGCCCAACUUCAGCGGCAACGACCUCCACCAGAAGCCCCCGGAGGCCACCAAGAACCUGCCUCACGGCUUCGGGUCGGAGCGCGAGGGCCCCGUUCUGCCGCAGGAGACCAACAAGGCGCUGGCCUACAAGGACCGCCCGCUCAAGGUGGCCACCAAGAGGAAAAAAAAGGCCCGGCUGGGCCGGCGCAGGGAGGGCGACAAGAAGCGGAGGAGGAGCCGCUCCCUCCGUCCGGACUGGAGACUGAGCGACUAAGGAGGGCUGCGCGCGGACCUGAACUCGGGCCCAAUUUUGCCAUCCGUGACGCCCCGUUAUCAGAUGAUCGCCGGUCCUUUGGUGUCGGCCUUGCCUUCCCGACCAGCCUAAACGUUUGACCCGGUCAGGAGUCACCACAAUUGUUUGCACGUUCCUCGUUUUGCGCCGUCACGCUGAAUCCCAAACGUAGACGCGCUCCAGCCUCCCUCCCAAUCGACGCCACCGGAAGCCCGACGAUCUGGGAAGGUCUGGAAGAGAAAGACUCUCCUCAGAAGUGAUUCUGUGGUGGGCUCAGCGGGGGCGAUCCCUUUGGUGAGCGUUAAAGGCGUUUGGUCGUUCCAUAGUCGUGGAACUUUUUCAUUCUGUUUUUGGAUCAUCGAGAAUUUGACAUCCCGAUGAUUGGAUGUCGCGAGCGAUCACGACGCGGUUGGCGCGUUGGCUUUAUUUCUCCAGCCGCGCUGCCAUAAUUUAUUUCAUCUGGAAGGUGUAUAUUUAUUUGGUGAAUGUAUUGCGGUGCUGCUGACUGACUCCCAUAAUGCACUUUAGCGACAUAUACGUGUUCUUUUGUGGUGUCUCGAUGGUCCUGCUUUCUUUCUUUCUUUCUUUCUUUCUUUCUUUUUGUUUCCGUUUUUGUGGGCCUGCCAAAUACAAAUGUAAUUUAUUGGCGCUAUAGUUUAUUUUUAUAGACCAAAUCUGCCACAGUCGUUUCACGUCCUUGACUUGCACUGAGCGCUUAAUGUGCGUCCACGUCCGUACGUAUGUGUGCAUGAUUAUUAUCAUUCAUCAAGCAUUAAAGCAUUAUGUAUUCCAAACAAC